AUGACUCCGCCAAUUGCCACCAGUGACGAUCAUGACCAGCCCCGACAGCAGCUUCGCAGCGAGACCUCUAUCGACUACGACAAGGUGGAGUACAAAUACGCCCAGUACCUCCCCUACUACACCCCAGGUCUGAAGCAGCCUCCGCUGGAAGAAUUCGCCCACACAGACGUCGGCCUGCGCGCCGACCCAGAGAAGAAAAACCUCCUGCAAGCCCCCGGCGUCACCGUCAACGAGAUCACGCCCAACAUCGGCACCGAACUGCUCGGCAUCCAGCUGAGCCAGCUCAGCGACGCGCAGAAAGACGAGCUCGCCCUGCUGGCGGCUGAGCGCGGCGUGGUCGUCUUCCGCGACCAGGACUUUGCUGAUAUCGGGCCCGAGAGGCAGCGCGCGUUUGGGCGCUAUUUUGGCCCGUUGCAUGUCCAUCAGAUGGGCGGGCAUAUCAAGGACUAUUCGGAGAUUCUGCCCGUGUAUCGCGAUUUUGUAAACGGCAUGGGAACAACCAUCUUCUUCGUCCUCGAUGGCCCUCCCUCCGGCGGAGACACGCUGUAUCUGUCGACAACAGCUGCCUACGAGCACCUAUCUGAGGAUUUCCGCAAGCGGAUUUCAGGACUUUAUGCCACGCACUCGGGAUUCUCCCAGGCGGCCGUGCAUCAACAUCGCGAUCGGUAUAUCCGCGAGCCUAUUGAGACAAUGCAUCCGGUUGUGCGGACGCAUCCGGUAGGAGCCCUGCCCUUCCCGCGUGGAGCGAAUACUAGGAAAUAUGGCAUUGAUGCUGAUAUGAUGUUGAUGUUGAUGACGAUAGGUCACCAAAAGCAAAUCCCUCUACGUCAACCGGCUGUACACGCGGAAGAUCGUCGGGUGGAAGCAGGAAGAAAGCAUCUGGGACUAACAGUUGAUGUGCUUCCAGCUCGGCAUUGCGCGAUUUCAAAAUCCGCGAAGGAAGCCAGACGAGGAGACACAUGGUGCGGAUUACCCCGCAGGCGGAGCGGCCGUAUUAUGAGGAGUAGAGGUAUCAAUUGCAGUAUUAAGGGCAGUAUUAAGACCUACAUAUUUGGUCUCUUAGUACGGAGUAGACAUCCUCGAUCCUUCGCCUCAAAGAACGCCGGUUCUCUACGGAGUACUCCAGGCGUCGCAUUCGGUGUCCGAUACGCCGAGGGCAUUUCCGUAUCAGCGCCAUCGUCCCAUAUAUCCUAG